CUUGUAAACCCUAGAAUCUCCUCUUUCAAUUCGAUGGUGUUCUGUAUCUUCAUCUUCAGGUUUACUCAUUCAAUCUAUCUCUAGGGUUUACUGGGUCAAGUUUUAGAAUCGCUUUGUCUAUACUUCUUCAUCUUCUCGUCAAAAUAAAGUUUAUUUCGUUGGUUCUAAUUCAUGGCGUAUCAUUCGAUUCCGGGCUCUGGGUUUCAUUACUUGAACUCUCCUUUUGGUGAUACAACCUUUACUAAAGUCUUUGUGGGUGGCCUUGCCUGGGAGACUCAAAGCGAGACUCUUCGUCGGCAUUUCGAACAAUAUGGUGAUAUCCUUGAGGCGGUUGUUAUUACUGAUAAGAACACUGGUCGAUCCAAAGGUUACGGCUUUGUGACUUUCCGAGAUCCAGAGGCUGCUAGGAGAGCCUGUGUUGACCCAACACCUAUUAUAGAUGGCAGACGAGCGAAUUGUAAUCUCGCUUCUCUUGGGAGGCCUCGGCUUCCAAUGCAAUAUGCAGUGAUACCCCAUGUUCCUGGACGGAUAAGACCUGCUUCCCCAUAUGUUGGAAGUGUGCAGAGUCCUCGCGGUUCACUUUUUGGAAGCCAUCCGUAUCACCAACCACCUGCUUAUAACUACCAACAAGGAGUGGUGUACCCUUAUGGGGUUACACCAUAUGGACCUGACUACUUGUACUCACAGUCUCAGGGCUUCUAUGGUCCUUACAUGGGUCAACAGUACCUUCAGUUUUAUGGAGUACCUGGGGCAGUUAACUCACCGGGUUAUCAAUAUGGGCAAUAUAGUCAGACUAUUCCUGGUGGUCACGGUUAUACAGCGGUUCAAGGUUAUUCACAUCCAGGAAGUCAUGUUCUACAGCUUGGUGCAACUUCACCUAUGGCUGCUAUUCAAUCUCCAUACCCUUCGGCUUCAACUCCAACGCAGCAACGUAUCAUUGUCCAGACUCCUCCUCAGUAUAUGCAGAGUAGCGGUUCUGAUCAAACAACAGGGUGAAAAAUGGAUCAACAUAAGCAUAUUCUUGGAUUCUUUUUCGAUUGUCCAAAUUGGAUUGGGGUUGAUACGCACUUACACCACCUCAUCAUUAUUUGUGGGGUUUCAGUUAGUAAUCCUUGAAGACUGCAGAAAAGGGAAAGAAGUCCAGGACAAAUGCUACUCUGGCAGGCUUCCUGUUUAAACUUUGCACAUUAUUUUUAUUUGCAUUCUAGAGAGGUAAGCUUGUCUCCUUAGGUGCCCCUUUAAGUUUC